AUUCCUCCGCGCCGCGCGCUGGCCGCUGUGCUGAGACCGCGCCUGGCCUGCGGGGGCCGGGCUCUGGGGACCCAGCGCCCAGUGACCCCCGCCCGGUUCCAAAGGGGCCCGGGCCAGAUGGGCUCCGAGGCCCGGACGAUGCAGCCACCACCGCCGCCCUGCCUCAGCCUUAGCCUCAGCCGCAGCGGGAGGAGGAGGCUGCAGAGGUGACGACUCGGCGCCGCGGUCCAGCCGGAGCCCCCGCCCGGGAGGAGCUGGAGCCGGAGCCCCGCGCUCCCCGCGCGCCUGCCUGGCCCGGGGCGGGGCGGCUCCGGGGACCGGGCCGGGGCUGGGCCAUGCAGCGUUCGCAGGCGGACGCGGCCGCUCUGCUCCGCGCCAGCACGCUGCUGGCCGAUCUGUCUCUGGCCGAGCCGGGCUCUGCCGGCUGGUGCCGGGAGCGGCAAGGGCAGCGGCCUGCGCCCCCGGAGGAGGUGAACCCCGGCCGUUCCUGGAGGGUGGACGGCGGCUGUCCGGAGCCCGGAGCCUUCCUAGAGCGUAGCCAGCGACGGGCCGCUUACGAGGGCCCCGGCGCCCGCCUGACCGCCCCCACUCCGGAGCCCAGCGCCAAGGCCGCGGGCAGCUCCCGUGGGGCCAGCCUGGUGGACUCGGAGGGCUGCGGGAGCCGACCCUGCAGCGCUCGCACCAGCGGCAUCAGCCUAGGCUACGACCAGCGACACGGCAGCCCGCGCUCCAGCUGCUCCGACCCCCGGGGGCCGGGGCCACCCGAGCCGCACAGCGACGCAGCGAGCCCCGGGCUGGCCCGUCACGGCACCGCCCCCGCCCGCCCCGCCUGGUGCGGAGGCCCUGGGGCCGGCGGCAGCGCCCGCUCCAGCGUCUCCAGCCUGAGUUCCCGGGGCUCGGCGGGUGCCCAUGCCGACUUGCUGCUGCUGCCGCCCGCCCCUCCGCCCUCGGGCUUUGCUGGCCAUGCCCAGCCCUCGGCCGGAACCCGGCUUCAGUUGCCUUUCCAAGUGACCGCGGGCCGGGAGGGCGGCCCCAGCCCCGCCGAGCGGAGGCUGGAGGCAUUGACCCUGGAGCUGGAGAGGGAGCUGGACCUGAGAACGAAGAAGGAGUAUUUUGGAGUUUGUAUAAAGUGCAGGACGGGUAUCUAUGGUGCAAGUCAGGCCUGCCAGGCAAUGGGAAGCCUUUACCACACCAACUGUUUCACCUGCUACUCCUGCGGAAGAAGACUCCGGGGCAAGGCCUUCUAUAAUGUAGCUGGGAAAGUCUACUGUGAGGAGGACUUUCUGUACUCAGGGUUUCAACAGACAGCCGACAAGUGCUUCGUGUGUGGACACCUCAUCAUGGAGAUGAUUCUCCAGGCCCUUGGGAAGUCCUACCACCCCGGCUGUUUCCGAUGUGUUGUGUGUAAUGAGUGCUUGGAUGGCGUCCCUUUCACCGUGGAUGUCAAGAACAAUAUUUACUGUGUCAAAGAUUAUCACACCGUUUUUGCACCCAAAUGUGCCUCAUGUGCCCGACCUAUCCUUCCUGCAAAGGGCUGUGAAGAGACCAUCCGGGUGGUGUCAAUGGAUAGAGAUUAUCAUGUGGAAUGCUAUCACUGUGAGAAUUGUGGGCUUCGUCUGAAUGAUCAAGAAGGCCGCCGCUGCUAUCCCCUGGAAGGCCAUCUGCUAUGUCGAAGCUGCCACAUGGGACGCCUCCCCACCCCGGCCCUGACCAACUAUACUAUGCAUAUGACAGAGCUCUGAUGGACUCCCUAGUGGAUGAGAGCUUAGGCCCAGGCCCAGGGGAAUUUUUUCAAUUCCUUCACUAAGUGCUUCUUUAGGCAGAAUGAAGUGAGGGUCUCUCCCCUACUUGCCACCCAGGAGGGUUUCUUUCACACUGACCCCCUCAGACACAUAUGGCACUCUUCUUUUUUACAUCCUAAGAGAUAGCUGUGGAAUAGAACCAGUUCCUACAGGUUUCUUCAUGCUAGGGCUGGGCUGAGCCCUCUACCCUCGUCAUGAAUUAAUUUGUGCCACUUUUUCCUUUAGAUUGUAGAGUGGCAGCCUUGUGGCCCUAUCCCCAUAGGUCAAUGAAUCAGCAAACCCUGGGCUCCAAGCACAUGGGAUGGCUGAAAAUGGGGAUGGAGCCCAAGUUAGGGCACUUCCUGUCAUCCAGGAUGUAUUCCACUUUCCUACAGGAGUUUUGAGCUCUUAGGUUGUCUCUGUCUUCCAGUUUGAGUGGUCUCUUCAGCUUCCUUCCCAAACAAACAUUCUAGUCUCAGGGAUCCCAGAACCCAACCUGGUUUGGUAGAGGAUUGAUAGUGGAGGUCAGACAGAUGGAUGGACAGGAAGCCUGGAUUCUGAAAGGGAGCAGGUUGGGAAUUAGACACAUCCUAUUUUUGGUAUAACCUUUCAUUACUCUUCUGGACCACCUCUUUCAGGAAGUCUAAUGGACCAUGUUGGUUGCUACCCAGUGGUGGUUCAGUAUUGUGCUUUCAAGACCCAUUGUCUCUGAGCUUUUUUCCCCUACUCUGAAGCAGGUUGAAAUUAUAAUUGUCCCCAUGUCCCUUCAUAGACCAUCCCUGAGCCUAGUGACUGCAAGAGCAGAGAGCUCUAGGCCCUGGGCAGGUGGGAUCAUGCUUCAUAGGCUAGAGUGAGGUGGUCCUGGUGAUUGUGCCCUUACAUGUAUUGGUACAUUGGCCAAGGCAAUAGUGCUAUAUCUGGACCAGGAGCCAUUGUCUUCAGGCAUCCUCCUGGCCUUUCUUGGCUUUGUUCCCCACCACUAGCCAGGAUAUGGAGGAGGGAUGGAGUAUGCAGGAUCAGGGAACAGUAUGUCUGGGUGGGCUCAGGAAGCAUGGAGUGCUGCAAAGUUUUGGGGGAUUGUGGUAUGUUUGUAUAUCUUCCAAAGGAGGGCAGCAUAUUUCAUGAAGAUGAAUGCCGUGUGUGGUGGUUGAAGUAUAGUAUGUAUGCAUGUGGCUAGAGAGGGUGAUGUGUUAGGGUGUUGUUCAAACCAUGCCUGGUUAGGAUGAAUGUUGUGUGAUCUGGACAGAUGACACACUUGUCUGUAAUUGGGAAGGGUAGCGUGCCUGUGUGUGCUGGAAGAACAACAAAAAAACAGCUGUUAUUUGCCCAUGGCCUUUCCUGGGUUUCCUGUUAACUACCACAUACUAUUCAAAUUAGGCAGUGCCGGAGGUGGUUAAAGGAGAGAAGCUCAGGCAUGAGGUGGGACUCUUAGGGACUAGCAGGAUCCUCCAUAGGCUUUGUUCUAGUGAAUGUGGGGGGUCAAGUAGACUGUUGUUGGGGGGUGAUAAGGGAGGUGGUCCAGUGGUCCAUUCCUCCUUUACUGCAGGCUGGGAGUAGUCCCUCCCUUAUCACUCUGCUUUAUCAACAUCCUUUGUCACCUUUCCUGGCCUCUUUUUUUUGUCCCAGCCUGAGUGUCCUGGACUCCAGGGUGCCUGGCUGUGACAGUGUGGGUGGCUAAGGUUGUGUGUGUGAGUGGCAGAAUCUGUGUGUGUCCUGGUGCAUGUAUGUGUUGUGGCAGUGAUUGUGAUUGCAUGUGUGGUUAGGACUAGGGGCUGACUCUAAGGGCACAGCUUCCUGAGGGGACUUUAGCUCUCAAGACUCCCUGAGAAGAAGGAUUUUGAGGGAUGCAUAGGAAGGGACACACAGAAGACCGUUUCCUUGUGCUGCAAGAGAAGUGUAUUUACGACUUCAUUGUAUAGCUGAUGCCAGGACAAAGGCCAUAAUUUGACUUAAAUUAAGUUUUUUUCCUUUGAGAAUAUUUUCAUUUUCUUUAAAAGAAUAUAGUUUUCUUCCAAGAACUUGGACCAAGGUUGUUUCUGAAACUUUGUAGGAAAUUCUCUAAAUGCCCAGUUUGUACAUCAUGAAGCUGGUUUGUGCAGGGUACACAAUCCAGUUUAACUAUUUUUAUAUGAAAUCUUCUGUCACCUCAGAAUGUGCUUCUGCCUCCUCUGAGGCUUCAGAGCAUAGGGGAAUGGGGUUGGGGGGAAACGGGGUGCUUUCAUUUCUGUGUCCAGUUCCUUUGGCUUUUAAGGAAAUGGAACUUUUUGGGGAAAACAGAUUUAUUUAUUUAUCUGAAAGAUUUGGUCAUCUUUUUUUUUAAGUUAUCACUGGGAUUUUGUUCUGUCCAAUAAACAUGUUUUA